CGUGCUUUCCGUGAACUGCUCGGUUAUUUGGUGUGUUUCAACGUCGAAACACAGACUGCACUUCAGCGUGCCAUUGCACCCAUACUUCGUCGCCUACUUCGAUUUGUCGGUGGUGCAAGUGUGCUGUGGACGUUGCGCAGCCCGACAUCCGGUCUACCGACUCCCAUUCUUAUGCAUCAGACUUCUACAACUUCAGUGGAAGGUUGGAACGUAAACACUCCACCUAUGCCAGAUGGCCGUCCUGCGGAGAAAGUAGACGUGCUUUUUCGCCUGGACUCUAAGGAGACUGAUAGAAGUGUGAUGGGUGCAGGAGUUUUGCCUCCACCUGCGGCAAAUCUGCGUGAUAGGGCCAAUUUGGCACUUGCCACACUUGUGGAACUGGCCAAAGGUCAGAAUGGAGCCUUGGCGAUCGGAAGGGAUGUUGAAUGC